UAUGUACUAUAUUUUAUCUUAGGACUUGGGUGUGCUGGUUCGGAAUGUGAUCUCUGACUUGACUAUGUGUAAACCUCUUUCGAUAUAGCUACGUAUUCGUAUAGAUAUUAGUGCAAAAUCAAAUUGAAUCUGUGAGGAGCGAGGCUUAAAUAUGCCUCUUUUUGGUAAAAAGGAUUUUGGUAGAAAAUCAAAAAAAGAUGGUCGUGAAAACGAAAAGCAGCCAUCCAUUGAAGAUAAAUAUAUAGUUAAGGAUCUUUUAGGCACAGGUGCCUUUUCUGAAGUACGCUUAAUAGAGAGCAAAGAAAAUGGACAGAUGUUCGCGUGUAAAAUUAUAGACAAAAAGGCCUUAAAAGGAAAAGAAGAUUCACUGGAGAAUGAGAUACGUGUUCUGAAAAGAUUUAGUGAACAAUCGAAGGUUGAAGGCGGAGAGAAAAAGAUGUUUUCUCAUCCUAACAUUGUCCAGCUGUUAGAGACGUAUGAGGACAAGAAUAAAGUUUAUUUGGUAAUGGAGUUGGUAACCGGCGGAGAAUUGUUUGAUAGAAUCGUAGAAAAAGGUUCGUACACCGAAAAAGAUGCUUCCAAUCUUAUAAGACAGGUCUUGGAAGCUGUUGAUUAUAUGCAUUCCCAAGGAGUCGUACAUAGAGAUCUAAAGCCAGAGAAUCUUCUGUAUUAUAGUGCUGAUGAAGAAAGUAAAAUUAUGAUAAGUGAUUUUGGUUUGUCAAAAAUUGAGGAUUCAGGAAUAAUGGCUACUGCAUGUGGAACUCCAGGAUAUGUAGCACCGGAGGUUUUGGCACAAAAGCCAUAUGGUAAAGCUGUUGAUGUAUGGAGUAUAGGAGUAAUAUCAUACAUAUUGCUUUGUGGAUACCCUCCAUUUUAUGAUGAGAAUGAUGCAAAUUUGUUUGCUCAAAUAUUGAAGGGCGAUUUUGAGUUUGAUUCACCUUACUGGGAUGAUAUUAGUGAAUCUGCUAAGGACUUCAUAAGGCAUUUGAUGUGUGUGGAUGUUGAAAAAAGAUACACUUGCAAGCAAGCUUUGGCUCACCCAUGGAUCUCUGGUAAUGCUGCUAGUAACAAGAAUAUCCAUGGCACUGUAUCUGAACAACUCAAGAAGAACUUUGCCAAGUCUCGCUGGAAACAAGCAUACCAUGCCACCACAGUCAUCCGACAGAUGCAGAAGAUGAUCCUCAGUAGCAGCAGCUCGAGUCGCAAUGCCAACCAACAGCCCAAACAAUAACCGACUUAUCGCAACAUGAAAAUUGAUGAAUUGAAUAUUUGCUUGGAAACCAGCUUGGUAAUGUACUUAAAAUAUCUAUAUUUCUUACACAUGACACAAUUUCGUUAUAACUUUCGACUGCGCAUGUUCAUUGCAUAGUUAAUUGGCCGAUUUACUUUAAUUGAAGUUCAUGGCUGUUGAAGUGAUUGCUGGCUGAUUUUAGAAUUGUGUCAUCGCCUUGUAUCAUUGUGAAAUAAUUGUUAUGAAAAAAAAAAUAUUUUAAGUAAAAUAGUAGAUAUUGAUUGAAUUCAACGAAGAUUUUGUCACAUAAGGCUAGUCACAUAAUGACCUUUAAUUAAACUUUGAAUGAAAAAAAAAUCUUCUGGUAGAAUAUUGUCUUCAAAUUGUUCCAAGAUCUGUUUUUACUUGUGUAUAAUUAAUCAAUGCCGUUGGGUUGAUAAAGGUCUUAGCGAGAUAAACUAUGACUUUAAUGAUUCUAAUAUAACUUGUUUAUUAUACUAAGUAUCAUUUGACUAUGUUUACAACAAAAGAA